AUGAAAUGGCCAACAGAAAAAGAUUUUGGCAAACGACAACUAUUUCCAAAGCGCUCAAGUAUCUUACGCUCAUCAGCUCCUUUCCCAACCAUGGAAGUCACCGAAAAAAAGCCCACAAUUCGUCGCAAAUCAGUGAUCAGUGCAGUGGACCUUCCGUCGACGUCCAAAUUUUUCGAAAACGAGAUAGAGGAGUCUUUGGUACAUAAUGAUAAAGAUUUGGAACCGCCAAAAAAGCAGAAAAAGUGCGGCAAGGCGAAGCCGACAUUGGAGCUUGGUUUGUCAUCGCCGGUUUUGAAAAAUGAAUUAAUUCAACGUACGCAGAUGCAUUUAUACUCGACUCCCAAAAAAUCAUCUGCUGCUGAUGGAGUAAAUCAGACGUCACCAGACUUAUUCAGUACAAGUUCUUCAGAGCAUGAUACUAAUAUUGUUCCAGAAAAAAUUUUAAGGGAGGCUUAUGAGAACGCGUAUAAAACCCCAGUGAGGAAUUAUUCUGCUUUUUCGCACAGACCCGAUGUCCGCUGUGAGGCCAACGAAACGACUGCCCUCUCUGUAAAAGAACACUCUUAUAAAGUAGCUUUCUCUGUAAAAGGUCCUGCAAAAUCUGAGGAUUCUAGAAAGUUUGAGCAUGGUAGUUGCAGAGAUAUUCUCAGCAACGAUUCUCAUACUUCGCAUGUGUCUUUGAUUUCGACUCUCCAAUUGUUUCCUCUUUCUCAAGAAGACUCGGCAGGUAGUGAAAGAGGUUACAGUUGUCCUGACCAGCCAGCAAAAGCACUGUAUGCUGUAAAUGAUGGGAAAAUGUGUGAAAAUAUACAGAUAUCUGCUGAAUAUUCGCCUUCUGAGAAGACUUUAUCUGAACACCUCCGUCAUUUACGGGAGACGGUGGAAAUAAUUAAUUGCAGUUCACCAUCAGACUCUGCUUCCAAAAGUUCUGUUAGACUGCAGUCCUCAAUAAAAUACUGUGCAGAAAAACAAAAUGAAAUAUCACCAGCUUUGAAUUCUUUAAUAUCCCCCAUUAAGACUCCUCCAUCGAUUGCAAACAGGCCGUCAACUGCUUCGCUUGAAAGAUUCUCAGCAGAACAAUUGGAAGAUGAACAGUUACCCCGUACUAGAAAAAGAAAUAUUGGAAAACUCGCAACAGCUUUGAGAAAGAGAAUUCAAGCGAGACUCUCUGAAAUGGCAAUGUGGAGAUGUGAUGACUCUCCAAAAAAGGCUGAAUUACGGUUGCUGGUGGAGUCCUUGACGCCUCAAUGGGGAAUCUAUUGGAUGCGAGCUUUUGCUUACGAAAAAAAUAAAUAUUACGGUGUGGUUGAGUCAAGCGACUUCUACUACAGCCGGUCGAAAAACUUGAAGAGUGAACUUGAGUCCAAAUCUUCACAGGCCCACUUAGAUGUUGAAAUUUUUGGACCCUUAACCGAAUACACUGAUCCCGUCAGCGGACCUUGUCUAUUAGGACCUCAUAAAUUUAAGCGUGUCAUAAAAAAAUGA